CAUAGCGAGCUGAAAUUUAAGCUUGACCCUCUGAGAUUCGGACGGACAAAUGGCGAGAAAAUUAACAACGUACCUGUGGAGAUAUAUAAUAGUGACGCUCCAGUGCCCGAUUAUGCUUCAUUUCCUGCUUCAAAGCAAGUUCAGGAAAAAGAAUUCUGUCUACCUGUCUUCAAUGAUGACGUGAUACUGGAAGAGAAAAAUGCAUGGGACUAUACAAAAAACGUGCUGGCUCUUUUACCAAUUGGACCAUGCAGAUCAAUGGGUCCAGUGACAGCAGGAGUGGCUUACUCAGUCUACAACGCAUUCCUGGUCACACCCACAGUUUCACAAAAGGAAUAUGAUUAUGUGAUGUCUGUUAUAUUGGCGGCAGAUCCUGAUACUGCAAAUUACGGGGAAUUCGGCGGCACCAUUAUUACUCAUAUUUCCUACAAGAAAAAUACACUGAUUCUCUCGCUAAUCAAUCCAGGUCAAGAGAUCCUGCAAUUCAGUCCUUGCAAGUCGCAGUCAGGACCGUAUCAA